UUGCCAUUUCCGUCGCAUGUAUGACAUAACUACAAAAACGGACCAAUCAGAGACAAACUUUAUGGUCCUUCGUCCAUUCGGCCGUGAGUUUCGGUCCAGUGUGAAUGACGUCGUUCUUGACACAUGGCCGCGACUGUAGGAUGUUGAGGCUCAUCAUCAGAGUUUUUUCACAAGUGCAGACACGAAACAAGGUAAAGGUUUCUUCUGUGUGGCCGACCCUCAUCUCUCCAGCCCCCACCUCCACUAACUGUGCAGUCAAUACCUCGAUGGAGCACAAAUUAUAUAAACCGCCUCCACAAGUCCGUGGUAUGACGUCUUUGGACAAAGAGGUUUUCGCACAGACCAUCACCAUCCCAGCUCUACGGGUGCCGACGAGGUUCAUCAACAAAGUCAUGAAAAGCUUGAAAAAGUCCACCAUCCAGCGUCCAGGUGUAUGCAAAGUGGUGCAGGACAAGGAGGACAGUCCAGACUUUAAGCUGGUGCUGCUGGACCCUCACAGAGUGUCCUCACUCAACUCUUUUAGCGAGCUUGAGUCAGAAGCUCUCAGGUCAUUCGACGUUUUGGAGGAGCUGCAGUACUAUGACCUGAGGUUGACCUACGAGAACCUGAAAAGUGAAGAGGUGCUGGAGGCUGUGCUCCCUCUCGGCCAGGACGUGACGUCUGCGUUCAGCCGAGUGGGACACAUAGCUCACAUGAACCUGAGGGACCACCAGCUGCCAUACAGGAACCUCAUCGGUCAAGUGAUCAUGGACAAGAACCCUGGUGUCACUUGUGUGGUCAACAAAACAAAUAUGAUCGACUCAAAAUAUCGCAACUUCAAGAUGGAGGUGCUGGCUGGAGAGGAGAACAUGGUCACCAAAGUAAAAGAAAACGGGGUUACAUACGAGUUUGACUUUUCUCGUGUGUACUGGAACUCGAGGCUGAGCACAGAGCACCAGCGUGUGGUGCAGCUCGUCAAACGUGGAGACACCGUAUUUGAUGUGUUCGCUGGCGUAGGACCCUUCGCCAUCCCGGCGGCUAAGUUGGGUGCCACCGUGUUGGCCAACGACCUCAACCCAGAGUCUUACAAGUGGCUGCAACACAACAGCAAAAUUAACAAGGUGGAAGGCAAAGUCAAAACUUUCAACAUGGACGGCCGAGAGUUCAUCCGAGGCCCACUCAAGAAAGAGCUGCCCACGUUGCUGAAAGGAAAAAGCGCAGUGCACGUGGUAAUGAACCUGCCUGCUUUGGCCCUGGAGUUUUUGGAUGCCUUCAGAGGCCUCCUGUAUCAGGAGAACGAAGAGAACGUCCCCACAGUUCACUGCUACGGCUUCUCUAAAGACGACAACCCAGAGAAGGACGUAGUAGAUAAAGCUUCCCAAAGCAUCGGGUUCCCUCUAGAGAACCGCUGCUCUGUGCAUUUAGUACGAAACGUCGCUCCCAACAAAGAAAUGAUGUGUGUGAGCUUCACCCUCCCUAAAGAAGUCCUCUUCAGCCCCAAUGAUGCGCAGACUGAGUCUUCAGAGGAACCGGCUCCCAAAAGGCAAAAGCAUGAGACGGCAGAUUCAACAUAGAAUUUUAUUUAAUUCAUUUUUAAAAUUUUUUUUUUUUUUUAUAAAUUUCACAUCAACUUUUAUGUGAAGAAAUAUUUGAAUCAGCCAUUUUUUUCCACACACAUCAUCUGCCUCAUCCUCCUCGCUGGCUCCUAUGCUGGCCAGGGAGACGCGCUGGCUAUCAUUCAUCAGCUCGCAGGAGAAAAAAAAUCGCAUUAAUUUACUUAAGUGCAUGAAUAAUAUUGUGGAGUGACCAAGCAUGACAAUUUUAUUUUCACUUGAUGGAUUAUUUACAGUAUUGCCAAAUUAUUAAGAUUUUUAAUCACAUUCACAAGUAUUGACGUGAAUUAAUUUAAAUAAAUCAGAGUAAAUGGCCAUCCAUCAUCAUCUUCCGCUUAUCGGGGGUCGGGUCACGGGAGCAGCAGAAGAGAAGCCCAGACUUGCCUUAAAUAUACAUUUUUAAUCUAUAUUAAUCGGGUUUCACUGAGCAUAAAGACUCAAGAAGGGAAUACUGUAUAUACAGUACUGUAUGCCCUUAACAUGUUUAUUAAACACCACUAGCGUAUCAACAACAACAAACAAUUCUAAACAUUUACAUCCGUCCAUCACCACGUCGCACUUCGAAGUUUGCGGCCUCAUUUUGUAGAAUACUUUUUUUUUUUUAACCAAAAUAAAAAAAUGAAUGCAUAAAAAUGACUAAGUGAACAAAAUUAUAAAUACUGCAGUAUUGGCCACUUGAUGAGACCAAACCAAUCAGAGUGUCGUGUUCAGUAUCGUGGCCACGGAUUGGCUCAGCUCAGUGUUAUAAAACUUACUUAAAAGGUUUUUGUGGUCUGCCUAUUAAAAUAUUUGCUUUCUAAUUAAUAAUUCCAACUUCUCAGAAAUUAAUUUACCAUGGCUAGGCCCCAGAACUAAUUAACUGCGAUAAACAAGGGUUUACUCUAAACACAUUGGGAACCUGCUACUCCUUUUGUCUUAUUAAUGUAGUAUUUUAAGCUGAAAGUUAUUCGGUAAAAAGACAACUCCUUCCUGCAAGCGUGUACAUAAUACUUUUAUUCGGUCAACUGUGCCAUAAUUUUUCUUGUACUCAAACUUACAGUGGCAAGAUCUAACGUGUUAUUUAGCAUCUUUCAUAUUGACUUGUUAAAUUCUGCAACCUGUCACUAGCUGAUCAACUGCUUACUUGUGCGAUGGGACACUACUUGGACAAACUACUCAGAAUGCAUUGCCAGAGAAGUUUUAAGAAUUUUGAAUCAUAAUACAUUGCAGAGAUACGUUAAAUGCGUAAAAAAAUAACAAUAAUGAAUAAAUCUGCAUAAAUGGAUACAUUUUGUUAUCUUUUAUUAAAAAGUGUCCUUCCAGGACCUGCCACAAAGAACAACAAAGACAAUUGGAAGUUUCUUUAAAAGCAAACAAAACACAAAGAAUGUUAUCAUAAAAACUGUGAUUUCUUUCAUAUGUAGGCACAUGGCCGUGGAGAAGUGCGUGUAUCAAAACAGGAACUAGAGAAUCACAAAUGUAAUUCAAAGCUUUAUGUUUGUGAUUCACAUUUUUCUGCAUAACGGCUGACAUCUGUUUCCCUUAGUUUGCAAUGUAAAAUAAGCAUAUAGUUGGUCAUUAUGUCAUUAUAAGGUGGACAUCAUUAUCUUAGUAAAGGCAAUAAUAUUUAAUACAGCUCUCGCAUUGAAUGUUGAUUUUUUUUUCUCCUUUUAGGCUGGUCGAGUGGAUUCCAUUUGUUUCACAACCAAGUUGUUUAUAGAGAUGCUUUACACUUCUAAGUUUCUACUGAGUUGCUUCAUUUUUAAAUAAACUACUGUAAGAGA